AUGAAGGCCGACGUGCAGUUCUCGUGGCAGAAGCCCCAGGAAGACGCUUUUCCUGAACUUCAAAGGCGCUUGCACUCACCGCCAAUACUGGGUAACUUCUACGAAAGCACCGACACCGAAGUUCACACAAAUGCGAGCGGCGUCGGACCUGGCGCAAUGUUGAUCCAGAAGAAGCACGACCUCGAGCGAGUCAUCGCCUACGCGAGCCGGUCCCUGUCGAAAGCGGAGUUGGACAAUUCAACGAGACAAAAGGAAUGCCUCGCUGUCGUUUGGGCAAUCACAAAGUUUCGAUGGUAUCUUUACGGGAGGCCCUUCGAGGUUGACAUUGACCACCACGCUCCGUGCUGGCUGGCCAACCUAAGGGACCCGUCAGGUCGUCUUGCUCGUUGGAGCCUGCGACUACAGGAGUACGACGUCACCGUCGUCUAUAAGUCAGGCCGAAGGCACACGGACGCCGACUGCCUUCCGAGAGGCCCCGUUAAUACCUUCGUGCCAUGCGAUGACGAUGACGAUGGUGCAUUUCUUGGUCCCGUGAGUUCUGAUACUUUCGCAAAUGAUCAACGCGCCGAUCCUGAUCUUCGCGGCGUGCUAGAAUACCUCGAAGGUAAGACUGAUACACCGCCAAAAGCGUUCAGGCGCGCGAUUUCGUCGCUGUGCCUGCAGAUCCUACGCUUGAGCCACGCAGUCAAUCGCAAAACCACAGCCUACCACCCGCAGACAAACGGCCUGACGGGGCGUUUGAACAAGACCCUCGCCAACAUGCUCACCAUGUACGUUGACGUGGGGCAUGAGACUUGGGACGAAGUCCUCCCUUACGUCACUUUUGCAUACAACAGCGCACCACAAGAGACAACGCAGAUGACACCUUUCGAGCUUGUAUUCGCCCGCCCAGCCAGCACCAUGCUGGAUGCUAUGUUGCCUCACAUCGACGACGGAAGCACCAAUGGGGACGUGGCCGAUUUCCUUCAACGUGCCCAGGAAGCCCGCCAGCUCGCCGGAACGCGUAUCAAAGAGCAGCAGCACACGGACACCCGACUCUACAACCUACGACGGCGCGACCAGCUGUGCGCACCCGGUGACCGCGUUAUGGUGUGGACACCGAUUCGCCUCCGGGGCCUCAGCGAGAAACUCUUACGCCGGUAUUUUGGACCGUACAAGAUAAUGCGACGACUCGGGCCCCUUGUCUACGAAGUUGUGCGUGAUGGAGUGACAAAAUCACAACGACGACGCUCGCGACCUGAAGUAGUCCACGUUACGCGUCUCAAGAAGUUUUUUGAACGAUAG